AUGGCCGCGGCCGCAUGUUCCUCCUCCGCCUCCCUCGCCGCUGCAGCGGCAGGCACCAGAGGCUUGCACGAUGAGAGCGAGUCUCGAAGCUCGUCUGCUCCCACGCCCUUCACGUCCUUCCAUGGCCUCCGCGCACAGCACUCUCAUUCGCCGCACUCGCUCCUCCCGCGUACUCGACAGCCCUGCAAAUCCGGAGCCCGCGAUCCGCCGGAAUCCGCGCGCGGGCUGUCGGUAGUGGCGAAGCAGCGCGGCACGCAGAGGAUCACGAAGACGCAACGCGGCACGAGCACUGGUCGGGGCACGAAGCGCGGAACGCAAAUCCUUCCGCGGAAGGGCCGAGCGGAGGAGAUCCCGCCAUCGAGGGGAACCGUCAUCUUCCGCCGAAAAGACUCCGAGGAUAGCGCCGCCAGCCGCGGCGGCGCGCAACAGGACGAAGCCGCGGCGCCCGCCCCCCGCCCCGAGGAGCUCCCCGCGUCGCCCGGGCUGUUCUACCCGGUGGUGCGGCUGGCGUCGAUGCUGCUCGGCCCUCCCGGCCCCGACGCGAAGACCGUGUUCGUGUCGGGCGGCGCGGCGGGCCCCACGGCGUCGCGCGUGGUGGCGGAGCUGCUGGCGGCGGGGUUUAAGGUGCGCGCGGGCGUGGAGGAGGCGGAUAAGGACGCGAUGAAGCAGCUGCUGGCGCAACUCAAGCCGCAAAUCAGCGCGGACGACGCCAAGCGACUGACCCUCGUGCAGUACUCCGCGCGCGACGCCGACUUCACAGCGCAGGCGAUGGCGGGCGCGGGCACGGUCGUGGUCACACUGGGGCGCGCGGAGAACGGCGCGGGGAGCGCGGGGGUGGUCUCCCCGCAGGACGCGCUGGACCUGCUGCGCGCGGCGGAAGCUGCCCGCGCGGGGCAGUACGUGCUGCUGACGGACUUCGCGCAGGGCUCGGGCGCGCGGGACGGCAGCGUCGUCUCCUCCAUGCUCGCGUUCCUCGGGUCCAUCGGGCGGCGCGGGGUGUCGUAUUCAGGCUUGGCGACGGCGCUGGCGGACAGCGAAAUUUCGUACAGCAUUGUGCGAACGGGGUUCUGCGACGGCGUGCCCGACAGCUUCAUGGCGCGCUCGCAGCUGGUGGUGGGCGCGGAGGGCAGCAUCAAAAGCGGCAAGAUAUCGCGCGUGCAGGUGGCGCAGCUGGUGGCGGCGCUGCUGAGCGACCCGGAGAUGGCGCGAGAUAAGGCGCUGGACGUGGUGGCGAGUGAGAGCGCGGAGGCCACCCCCCUGCGCGACAUGCUCAGUCUCGUCCCCCCUGACCCGCGGCGUGCCAACAAGCUGCUGGCAGCAGAGCAGGAGCAGGAGGAGGCAGCAGCAGCGGAGGCGAGGGAGGCAGCGAGCAGGGAGGCGGCAGAGAGGGCAGCGCAGGCAGAGGCGCUGGCUAGAGCGGCUGAAGAGAAGGCUGCUGCUGAGGCCUUGGCAGGUGGGCUGUGGAUGCUGUCUCAUCUCCCCUCUAUCCCCCACUCCCUCGCACCUCCAGCCAAGGCAGCACGGGAGGCAGCAGAGGCGGCAAAGGCGCAGGUGAAUGCGCAGGCAGCAACAGCAACUGUAUCAGACAUGGCGGGCUUUCUCAAGGGCGCAUCCUCCGACCUCCCCACGCCCAAGUCCGUGCUCCCUUCCUUCGCCAGCCUCGUCCCUAAGACAGAUGUGUUUGAGAGCUCCCAGUCCCAAGACUCUGCCUCAGACCGCGCUGCUUCCAGCGCUGCUCCUGCUGCUCCUGCGGCCCCUGCUGCCCCUUCGUUUGCCAGCCUUGGGGGGACCAUGAGGGGAACGGCAGGGGGCGCUGCUGCUGCUGCUGCGUUGGCUGCUGCAGGGUUGGCGUCUAAGCAGAAGAGACCGCUGAAGCAGAGGGAGGGGGGCCAGGGGAAGAGUGGGAGCAAGGCAACGCAAUCACAAAGACCGGGGGAUAAGAAUACCGAGAAGAAGACAGGGCUUGGGGGGUUGUGGCAGCAGGAAACUGUGUAUGUGGACAGUGCAGAGCCUGGCGAUUUCUGA